GAUCCUUAGAUAUGAUUAGUAGGUAGGCCUACAUGACGUGCGUAUUCAUAAGUAGUUGUGGGCUACAAAAGUCGUUAAACCAAGCAAAAUCCGGUUAGUACUAUACUUCCCAUUGGAAACACAGCUACUUUCACUUUUUUUCUUCUACACAUUAGAAAUCAUAAUGGAACGUUGGCAAGGUUGUGUCGCUGUAGUUACUGGUGCUAGUUCAGGCAUUGGCGCUGCCACAGUCAAAGAUUUACUUAAAGCUAAUCUCGUUGUGGUGGGACUUGCCCGCCGACUGCAGCGUAUGGAAGAAUAUAAAGCUGAAUUGCCAGCUGAACAACAGAAACGGUUCCAUCCCUAUACAUGCGAUGUAACAUCACAGGAAUCGGUUGAUCAAGCAUUCAAUUGGAUUAUCAAAGAAUUGGAUGGCGUUGAUAUAUUGGUGAAUAAUGCCGGCGUUUUUAAAACGGGUCAAGCUGUUACUUUGGAUCCUGUAGAGCUACAACAAGUUGUACAAACCAAUAUAAUGGGUGUGGUUUAUUGUACACAACGCGCUUUUAAAUCGAUGAAGGAACGCAAUUUUGACGGACAUGUGGUGAAUAUUAAUAGCGUUGCGGGUCACUCGGUGCUACACUUGUCGGGCAAUGCACCACCAGGUAUGAAUGUGUGUCCAGCCACUAAACAUGCAGUAACCGCUAUUACUGAGGUAUAUCGCCAGGAAUUUAGAGGACUGAAGACAAACAUUAAAAUCACGAGCGUUAGCCCCGGUUUGGUCGAUACAGAACUCGUUCCGGAAUACUAUAAAAAAUCCGCUCCACCAAUUUUGAAGCCAAAAGACGUUUCUAGCUGCAUUUUGUUCACCCUUUCGACACCGCCACACAUGCAAGUCCAUGAAAUCACCGUAAAACCCUUAUUGGGCGAGUAAUUAAAAACUUUAUAAA